GUGUGUUGGGGUGGGGUAAGAGUCAGGUGGGUAGCCGUGGCUGGCUGGGGUUUGGGGUGCCUCCUGAGAAAGCAGGAAGGCCCGAGAGGGGCUGUGGUAAGAAGAUCCAGUGUCCCUCAAGAGGAGAAAGUAGCCGAACACACUGGAAAGAAAUGAAACCAACUUUUACCAGGCCCGCCUGCGGCGGCGCGGCCUUAAGGACCCUGCGGGACAGGGCUGAAACUUCUCCCAACAGGAGAAACAGGCCCACAAUCGGAGCAUCCCGGAGGCCAUGGCCGCCCCUAAGCUUUUCCGAGCUCUCGUGUCUGCACAGUGGGUGGCGGAGGCUCUGAAGUCUCCGCGAGCCUCGCAGCCGCUGAAGUUACUGGAUGCAUCCUGGUACCUGCCCAAGCUGGGCCGUAAUGCGCGACAGGAGUUCGAAGAGCGCCACAUCCCAGGCGCCACCUUCUUUGACAUUGAUCAUUGCAGCGACCACAGGUCGCCCUACGACCACAUGCUGCCUAGCGCCGAGCACUUCGCCGACUACGCGGGAAGCCUGGGCGUGGGUGCUGCCACUCACGUCGUGGUCUACGAUGGCAGCGACCAAGGCCUCUACUCUGCUCCGCGGGUCUGGUGGAUGUUCCGUGCCUUCGGCCACCGCUCGGUGUCGCUGCUGGACGGCGGGGGCCUCUCCCGCCACUGGCUGAGCCAGAACCUGCCAAUCAGCUCUGGCAAGAGCCACCCGAAGCCCGCAGAGUUCCACGCACAGUUAGAUCCCUCCUUCAUCAAGACUCACGAGGACAUCCUGGAGAACCUGGAGGCCCGGCGUUUCCAGGUGGUGGACGCCCGCGCAGCUGGCCGGUUCCGGGGCACAGAGCCGGAACCCCGAGAUGGCAUCGAACCUGGACAUAUCCCUGGCUCAGUAAACAUCCCGUUCACUGAAUUCCUGACCAAGGAGGGGCUAGAGAAGAGCCCAGAAGAGAUCCGGCACCUGUUCCAGGAGAAGAAUGUGGACCUGUCCAAGCCCUUAGUAGCCACAUGUGGCUCCGGUGUCACAGCCUGCCAUGUGGCCCUGGGGGCCUUCCUGUGUGGCAAACCCGAUGUGCCUGUCUAUGAUGGCUCCUGGGUAGAGUGGUACAUUCGUGCCAAGCCUGAGAAUAUCAUCUCAGAGGGCAAGGGAAAGACCCAGUGAGGCCAGGCAGGACACGGUACAGCUCAGGUGACAUCUGACCAUCAUGGUGCCAACAGCUCUGACUCUGCCAAGAGUCCUUUCUCAGACAACUCAGGUAGUGUUUAGGGUGACAUCCAAGAGACCAGGAGUUCCAAUGACUUAUGGGAACCCAGUGAAGGUAGCAAAGCAGGUAGCAAAGAGAGUAGUACCUAAAGAGGGAGGGAGGCAGACAGCAGAACAGCCUGCAUGGGGCUAAGCUGGGCCCCCCAGCUUGCUUCACUAUUGGGAAAUAAAACACCAAGCUCAAAACCUU